AUGGAAAACACAUCUGGUGUAAACGCGGAUCCAGAUCCCUUGAUUGGUCAAGUAGACUUUGACAACUGGGCCGAUUUUACGAACGAAGAAGAUGUGGUCAACAAGUACUUCUACAAACUGUACGUUUCGCAAAUCUCCACCGAUCAGAUGAUCGAGGUGAUGAAGCACCUGGGCUCCUGCCCAAAAGAGUCGCGUAACCGGAGUGUGUACAACACAAUGCUGAAGAUUCUGUUCAACGAGUGCAGGUUCUUCCCAAAAUACCCGUUGCAGGAGCUGUCGAUCACGGCGGAGCUCUUCGGGAAGAUGAUCAAGCACGGUCUCCUGUUGUCGAACGGGCCACUGCUGCUACUGGCGACGCGUUGCAUCCUGGAGGCGCUGAAGAGAGGAAAGACCUCGAAAAUGUUCCAGUUCGGAACAAUCGCACUCUCGCAGUUCGAGAACUCAAUAGCCUCGUACCCCUGGUUCUCAAACUCGCUGCUGUCGAUCCCAGACGUGAAGGAGACGUUCCCUCAGCUGUAUAAAACAUGUGAAAAGUUACAGACGAUAAUGACGGAUAACAUGAAAAAUAGUACGUACAUAGACCAGUCUAAGGGGAUAGUAAUAGGACAGGCGGAGGAAACGACGCAGGGGCAAGGACAGCAGAGUAAGAAGACGUCGCCGCAGCAGCCCCAGGGAUACUCAAUGGACGUGAGGUCGUCAGUGGGAGAGUGGGAACUCAUCAUGGGCGACGUGGAAGUGGACGUCAAAGUGCCGCCAGACUCACUAGUAGACCACGUCUACUCAAUCUUUAACAACAUGUGCCCGGACGACGUGGAGAAGAAGGCGAGAGAAGUGUCCUCACUGCUGAGCAAGGAUUACACAUCGUGGCUGCUGCUGUACAUCAUCAGGACGAGAGCGAGCAAGGAGCACAACCUGCACGACGUAUUCGCAAACUUCAUAGAGCACCUGAGCUACCCGAAGCUCUUCGACCUGGCAAUACAGAUCACGUACCUGUGCAUCAACGCGUGUCUGAAGAACGUGGAGCAGUUCAAGGACGUGCUGGCGUACAGAACGCUGCUAAAAAACCUGGGGAGCUGGCUGGGAAGAAUCACGCUCCACAGGAACGUGCCGAUCAUACACAGACACCUGGACGUUAAGGCAGUGCUGACGAAGGGGUACGAAAACGGGUACCUGGUGGCAGUGCUGCCCUUCAUAUGCAAGACCAUAGAGAACAUUAAGGCGAGUAAAAUAUUUAAGCCGCCGAACCCGUGGACGACGGCAAUGCUGUCGUUCCUCAUGGAAAUAAGGAACCUGCAGAACCUGAAGACGAACCUGGUGUUCGAAGUGGAGGUGCUCUUCAGACACCUGAACCUGGAGAUGGCGGAAUACAGUAACAAGACGAGCCUGCUCGCAGGAAAAAGCCACCCGAAGGGGAGCCCGGACUUCGAUACGCCGAAUUCCGGACAGAACCUGGCAGCGUCAGCAGCCUCGAGCUCGAGUUCGAGCUCAGUGACAGGCUCUAACCUGGGAGCAGUGAAUGCGCAGACGACGCUGCAGUCGUCAACAAAUCACCUGCAGUCAGGAAGUCAGACGACUUCAUCGCUGGACAGAGAGAGGCUUAACCAGCUGCUGUCGAAGGUGAUCAGAGAAGGAACGCUGACGACGAGCUCAGGAGCCACGGCGACGAGUAGCCAGGCGAACAUGGCGUGCAACGUGAGUAGCAUGGCGACGCCAGGAGCAAAUACCAUGGGAAGCAACAUUGGAGCAGGCAUGGGAAACAGCAUGGCAAACACAAUUGGAGCAGGAAUAGGAGCAGGGAUAGGAACAGGCAUGACCAGCAACGCGCUGCUGGGAGUGAACAGCGGACAGCAGGGACCAGGGUCCUCGAACCUGAACCUGCCGAACACGACCAACUUCGCACACAACCAGAUCAACAUGAGCAUGACGAGGUUCAUAGACAACAUGAUUCACAACUUACACAACGCAGUGGUCAUAUCGCAGUCAAUAGCACUCUUCGAAAUACAGCCGCAGUUCAGAGCACUCGUGCCAGUGGCAAUCGAAAGAGCAGUAAGACACGUGCUCUCAGUGGUGUGCGACCACUCGCUCUCACUCGCAAGACUGUGCACGAAGGUGUUGAUCGCAAAGGACUUCGCAAACGAGGAAGACGAUAACGUGACGAGAGCAGCAACGAGAAUGAUGUUCGAGUCGCUCUCGACGAACCUGGUGGCAGCGACGUGCAAGGAGCCGCUGAGGCUGGCAUUCCACGAAAGCCUCAGGUCAUCGCUGCAGACGCACAGGACGCAGGACUGCAACGACCAGGUGCUGGUGGAGCAGCUGGUGCAGAUUUUGAGUCAGGAUAACCUGGGGGUCUGCGUGAGCGUGGUGGAGAAGAUCACGCAGGAGUACGCAGUGCGCGAAAGUGACCUGCUUUUCAUGGAGAUCAUGAAGACGAUCCACAGGGAGCCGAAGAUGCCGCCGAACUUCCUGCCGACGCUCCUGAGCAGCUGGAACAGCAGAAACAAGGGCCAGCAGGCGCUGACGACGUACAAGACGAUUCUGAACGUAGGACAGUCGAAGGGACUGGGCACGCCUCAGUCGACAGUGAUGCAGCCGCACAGUCCGGCGUCGAUGCCUCAGCAGCUGCCGCAGAAUGCAGUUCCGUCGCCGCAGUUGCAGCCCCAGGGGGUCGCGCAGCAUCAGCUGCCGGGGCAGGUGGUGAUGGGCGUGCCGACGAUGAGUUCGCCGGCGAACCAGAUGGCGGCACCAGGAACGCCGAACGCCGCAGUUUCAAGUAAGAACAGCUACAGCUAUAUUUUUAUACUAGAUACUUAUACGACACAGAGGUAUUAG